AUGACUAAGUCCCAACCAACCCUGCGCACCGCUCGCCUUGAACUCGUCCCCCUGGGCCCCGAACACCGCGGCCUCACGAUCCAGCUCGACACGGACCCGGAUGUCAUGAAAUACAUUGCCUUCGGCAAACCAUUCACCCACGAACAAGCCCUGGAGGUGCACCAGUGGCUCCUCGAGUCGGCCACACACGUGUCCGGGCUGGGCUGCUGGGCCGGCUUCGCAGGGGGAGACUUUGUUGGCUGGUGGAUACUGGCUCCGGCCAGCCAGGCUGAGUUUGGCUUCCGACUCCUACCGAGGUUCUGGAGACAAGGGUACGCGAAAGAAGGCGCCCGCGAGAUGCUCAGACAUGCCUUCCAGGACCUGGGCCUGAUUGAGGUGAUUGGCGAGACGAUGACGGCUAAUGCGGGCUCAAGGGCAGUUAUGGCUUCUUGUGGGUUGAAGCAUGUCUCGACUUUUUAUAACGAGUAUCCUACGCCGCCGCCGGGCAUUGAGGAGGGCGAGAUGCGAUAUGCGAUCACCCGGGAGGAAUGGCUGGCACCGAAUUCUCUGUAG